AUGAAUUUACCUAUAAAAAAACGUAUUGUUUGUGCAAUGUCCGGUGGUGUUGAUAGUUCGGUAUCUGCAGCUCUAUUGAAGAGAAAAGGUUACGAAGUUAUCGGUUGUUUUAUGCGUAAUUGGGAAAAACAUGAGGAUGAUGAUAGUCCAACGAAAUGUACAAAUGAUAAAGAUCUUGACGAUGCUAUCUAUGUUAGUAAUCGAUUAGAUAUUCGUUUACAUGUUGUUGACUUUAUAAAAGACUAUUGGACUAAAGUAUUUGAACCAUUUCUUAAUGAUUAUCAAACAGGUUUAACACCAAAUCCAGAUAUACUUUGUAAUAAAUACAUUAAAUUUGAUGCUUUACUUAAAUAUUGUCAAGAACGUUUGGAUACAACAUGUUUAGCAACAGGACAUUAUGCACAAAUAAAAAAAGAUGAGCAAGGAAUUAAUCAAGAUUUUAUAAAAGAUCAAUCAUUCUUUUUGUGCCAUCUGAAUAGUUCUGUAUUACCAUUCGUUGAAUUUCCAGUCGGUGGCAUGAUGAAAUCCGAUGUCAAACAUUUAGCAAAUGAAAUGAACCUUGAAAAAAUUGCUCAGAAACAUGAAAGUAUGGGUCUGUGUUUUGUUGGUAAACGAAAAUUUUCUCGUUUUAUUUCUCAAUUUAUUCCUGACAACGUUGGCUAUAUAAAACUAAUUGAAACAAACGAAAUCAUCGGGAAACAUCAUGGCUUACAUUGUUAUACGAUAGGACAACGUAUCACUCCAAUAGAUAGAUAUUAUAAAUCAUCAAAACCAUUGUAUAUUGCAAGAAAAGAUGCGAUAGAAAAUAUUAUUUAUGCUGCCCCUGGUACAAAUCAUCCAGCAUUAUUUACGAAAUCAUUUCAUACAGAUAUUCCACAUUGGAUUAAUGAAAUACCAUCAGUAUUAAAAGAAACUAGAGAGUAUAAAUGCGAUUUUCGUUUUCAACAUAAACAUCGUCCAUUAUCUGUUGUGAUUUCUCUCUCAAAUAACAAUACGUUAAAUGUAUCAUUACCUAUUCCCAUACGUUCAAUAUGUCCUGGACAAUAUGCAGUAUUCUAUGAUGGAGAUGAAGUCUUAGGUGCUGCACGUAUUAUUGAUAGUGGCAUAUCGUUAUACGAUUUAAAAUGGAGAGAACCACUUAUUAAUUCAGAUUUAUUUUUAAAUUUGUGCUGA